AUGAGCAAUAAUGGAUACUUGCACCACGAGCACCAUUUAUACCUUGAUAACUUCUACUCCAGACCUGGCCUCUUUGAAGCCCUCAAGGAACUGGGUACCGGUGCCUGUGGAACUGUGAGAUUGAGUAGAAGAGGACUUCCAGAAGAAAUUAAAACAGCAAGGUUACAGCUGAAGAAAGAUGAUGAUCCUGUUUAUUACAGAAAGAGUGAUGUGCUUGUCUGCUCCUGGCAUGACACUACAAGGGUCAACUUCUUCUCAACAACCGAUAAUAAUGACUACACUCAGAAACAAAUUCGAUCCAAGCAGUCAGAGACUGGAUUUAGGGAUGUGAAAAAACCCAAAUGUGGCCUGCAAUUACAGGGAGGAGUUAACUUGUUUGACCAGAAAUGUACCAGCUACCUAUAUUAA